AUGAAUUUCCCUAAUGAAAUAAUGAUAUUAAUAUUUAUGUAUCUAUACGAUACAGAUCUUUUUGAUUGUCUUUUGGUUUCUAAGCGAUGGGCCAAUAUUGCUAUUCCUAUACUUUGGGAGAAUCCAUUUAAAUAUUAUGAAAAUAACAAAAUAUCUUCUUUGAGAAAAGUUAUUUGUUAUAUCAUGGAUAUAAAAGAAUAUUCUUAUAAAGAAUAUUUUUAUAAAAAUGAAAUUCCGAUAAAAGAACAUUCUUCUAUACUUUUUCCAUAUCUCGAAUAUGUGAAAAGAAUUAAUAUUUAUCAUAUCAGACAAGUAUUUAACAUAAAAAUAUGUAAUGAAGAUCUUAUG